AUGUCACCGGAUCUCGUGAAUGCCGUCUACUACCCGUCGUGGAAGGUUUACAAGGGUUGCCCCCCUUCGUGCCUCGACGUCCGCUCGGUGACGCACAUCUUCUAUGCCUUUCUGCUCGACGAGUUUGGCGACCUCAAGAAGGAGGUCGACGGUGAGGCGGGCUGUCUCCGCGCUCUGGCUAAGCUGAAGAGGAACCAUCGUCACCUCAAGACGGUCGUCUCCCUCGGCGGCGGUUCUGGCAGUGCAGAGUUCCCCAAGCUGGCCGCCGGCGAGGAAUCCAGGACGACGUUUGCCAAGGAGGCCAGGAAGUUCUGCGACCUCUAUGACUUUGACGGGAUAGACAUCGACUGGGAGCACCCGUCCACGAGCGGCGAGGGCGAGAACUUUGUCAGGCUCAUCGAGGCGGCGAGGGAGGAGCUCCCGCACACCAGGUACAUCCUGUCGGCGGCUCUCCCCGUGGGGCAGUACACGCUGAAGCACAUCGACCUCGGGGCCGCAGGCAGGGUCCUCGACCACCUCAACCUCAUGGGCUACGACUUUAUGGGCGCGUGGACCGACGUCAGCGGCCACCAGGCGCAGCUCCUCCCGCCCAGCGACAACCCGGACGAGGUGUACCCCACGCUGCGCAAGUCCGUCUCCGGCGGCGUCGACUACAUCACCUCCAGGGGGUUCCCCGCGCACAAGAUCGUCGUCGGCAUCCCCGCCUACGGGAGGUUCUUCCCCGAGGCCACCGGGCCGGGCCAGCCGUUCUCCGCUAGGGCCGGCGAGGUCGACUACAGGGACAUGGCCGACGAGUGGGUGGCCAAUGCGGCGGUCGACUGCCGGGCGGCCGUGGCGUCGUUUGUCGACUCGGAGUGCGAGAGGGGCUUCGUGUCGUUUGACGUGCCGAAGACGGUCGAGGCAAAGGCUCGCUAUGUCCGCGCAAACGGCCUCGGAGGCCUGUUCUACUGGACCGGGGUCUCUGAUCGGGGAGGCGAUGACAGUCUCGUCUCUGCCGGAUUCAAGGCUCUGAGACAGGACAAGGAAGAGCUCUGA